AAAAAGAAGAAAAAAGAAAGAAAAAGAAACGCAUGAUUGUUUCUAUUGAUGUCAUAAAUGAUGAUUCACAAUUCCACUGAAAUGUACUGAGAUAAAUACAAAAAUGACAGCUGGCUUUGUACCUGAGCAAGCUUUCUCCCACACACACUCUAUGCUUUAGUUUCAGAGCUACUACUACUGUGCACUCACUCUUCCCACUCACAUGGCUUCUUCAGUAACCAGAUCAACUUCAGGUUUCAGCUUCUCAGACCACUGGCUUCUAAUGGCAACCACUGCUCUCAUUUGUGGCUUUCUGGGUUACAUAAUCUAUGAUGCAAUCAUGGCUACUGCAUCUGAGUUGCUGCAGCGUUUGCUGGUAAUUUCUCCAUUGCUCUUAAUCAUCAUUGUUCACUGGCUCUCCACUGGCAGACACUUAAGCAUCCCCAUACCAGGAUCUGAACCCAGUGCCAUCCACAGAGCUGGUGGUUCCCCUUGGGGUGUUGCCUUUGUCCUUCUUCUCCUUUUCUUUCUCAUUUCAUAUCAACCUUCUCUGCAUGACCUUAUGUCUUAGCUUGUGUGUUAUAAUUAAGCUAAGAAAAUGCAAUGCAUGUCACUCAUAUGUAGUGGUGCGUUGCUUGUAGUUUUAGAGUUGAUAUGGGUAUAUUAGCUUCAUGUAGCUUAUAAUGAAGCUGUUUCUAAGCAAACUUGAAACAAUAUAAUAUGUAUUUGGUAUCAGUAUGAAAUG